AUUGGUCUCCGAGCACGGCGUGAGUUGUUGUUAGGGUUGAAGGUGAACGGCCAGAAGUAACCCCUCCUCGCAUCACACCACCGUGAUGUUGCUGUCAAAGACGCCGUUGUAGCAUCCACCUAGGUGCACUUGCCAGUAUGAUGUGAUUGGUCAACACAAGAGGACAAGAUGUGUUGGCACAGGGGUUAAAUCAAGAUCAUAUCGAUACAUCUUUGGAUAUUUACUCUUCAGAAUUACUUGCCGAUUUCUUUCUCAAGUCUUUGGGGGCUGCCAGCGUCGAUCAGCCAUGGCAGAGCAGGAGCGUCCUGCUAAGAAGCCUCCUGCUGCAGCUGUGCUCCACUCCCACUUCAUGGUGGGCUCGGUCUCCGAAGAGAACUCUGAGGACGAGAUCCUGGGCAAGCUUGACCCCAUGGCGGCCGAGGAGAAGGAGCGCUCCCUUUCGCCGUCAUCGGUCAGCUCAGACAGCACCUAUGAAAUGGGCUUCGAUGGCGUAGAUGGACCUUCUCAGAACCUGAGGCCAAGCAUGUCAGGACUCCACUUGAUGAAGCAGGGCAGGGACAGGAGACGUAUUGAUCUCCAGAGAGACUUCACCGUGGCCUCACCUGCUGAGUUUGUCACUCGCUUUGGGGGCAACAAAGUCAUUGAAAAGGUCCUUAUCGCCAAUAACGGCAUUGCUGCUGUGAAGUGCAUGCGCUCCAUUCGCCGCUGGGCUUACGAGAUGUUCCGGAAUGAGCGUGCCAUCCGCUUCGUGGUCAUGGUUACGCCAGAGGAUCUGAAGGCCAACGCUGAGUACAUCAAGAUGGCUGACCACUACGUGCCUGUUCCCGGGGGGACAAACAACAACAAUUACGCCAAUGUUGAACUCAUUUUGGACAUUGCCAAACGGAUACCUGUCCAGGCAGUGUGGGCAGGCUGGGGCCAUGCGUCUGAGAACCCCAAACUACCAGAGCUACUGCACAAGAACGGCAUCGCCUUCAUGGGUCCUCCAAGUCAGGCCAUGUGGGCCCUAGGGGAUAAGAUUGCCUCCUCCAUUGUGGCCCAGACUGCAGGCAUACCCACCCUGCCCUGGAGUGGAUCAGGUCUUACUGUUGAGUGGUCUGAGAGUGACCAGAAGAAGAAUAUCAUCAAUGUCCCUCCGGAGUCCUAUGAGCUUGGGUGCAUCCAUGACGUAGAGGCUGGAUUAAAGGCUGCGGAGCAGGUUGGCUACCCCGUCAUGAUCAAGGCAUCAGAGGGAGGUGGAGGAAAGGGUAUCCGCAAGGUCAACUGUGCAGACGACUUUCCCAACCUCUUCAGACAAGUUCAGACGGAGGUGCCAGGCUCGCCCAUUUUCGUCAUGCAGCUGGCGAAGCACGCGCGCCACCUGGAGGUACAGAUCCUGGCUGACCAGUACGGCAACGCCAUCUCCCUGUUUGGCCGUGACUGCUCGGUCCAGCGGCGGCACCAGAAGAUCAUCGAGGAGGCCCCGGCAACCAUCGCUACCUUGGACAUCUUUGAGGAUAUGGAGAGGUGUGCGGUGAAGCUGGCUAAGAUGGUGGGCUAUGUGAGUGCCGGGACUGUAGAGUACCUCUACAGCCAGGACGGAAGCUUCUACUUCCUGGAGCUCAACCCCCGUCUUCAAGUGGAACACCCCUGUACUGAAAUGGUGGCUGACGUCAACCUGCCAGCUGCCCAGCUACAGAUUGCCAUGGGCAUCCCUCUGCACCGCAUGAAGGACAUCCGCAUGAUGUACGGUGUGCAGCCGUGGGGAGACUCACUCAUUGACUUUGAGGGGCUCUUUGCUGCCCCCUCCCCACGAGGACAUGUCAUUGCAGCUCGCAUCACCAGUGAGAACCCAGAUGAGGGCUUUAAGCCCAGCUCGGGCACCGUGCAGGAGCUGAACUUCCGAAGCAACAAGAACGUGUGGGGCUACUUCAGCGUGGCGGCGGCCGGGGGGCUGCACGAGUUCGCCGACUCUCAGUUCGGCCACUGCUUCUCUUGGGGCGAAAAUCGAGAGGAGGCCAUCUCUAACAUGGUGGUGGCUCUGAAGGAGUUGUCCAUCAGAGGAGACUUCAGGACCACAGUGGAGUAUCUCAUCAAGCUGCUUGAGACGGAGAGCUUUCAGCACAACAGCAUCGAUACCGGCUGGCUAGACCGGCUCAUCUCUGAGAAGAUGCAGGCUGAGAGGCCUGACACCAUGCUGGGGAUUGUCAGUGGAGCCCUCCACGUGGCCGAUGUCAACUUUAGGAACAGCGUGUCAUGCUUCCUGCACUCACUGGAAAGGGGUCAGGUGUUGCCUGCCCAUACGCUCUUGAACACGGUGGACGUGGAGCUAAUCUACGAGGGCAUCAAGUACGUGCUGACGGUGACGCGGCAGUCGCCCAACUCCUACGUGGUCAUCAUGAACAGCUCGUCGGCCGAGGUGGACGUGCACAGGCUCAGCGACGGCGGCCUGCUGCUCUCCUACGACGGGUCCAGCUACACCACCUACAUGAAGGAGGAGAUUGACAGGUACCGCAUCACCAUCGGCAACAAGACGUGUGUGUUUGAGAAGGAGAAUGACCCGUCUCUACUGCGCUCGCCCUCGGCCGGCAAACUCAUCCAGUACACUGUGGAGGACGGAGGACAUGUGUUCGCUGGCCAGUGCUAUGCUGAAAUAGAGGUGAUGAAGAUGGUGAUGACGCUGACCGCGGUGGAGUCUGGCUGUAUUCACUAUGUGAAGAGAGCUGGUGCGGUCCUGGAGCCUGGCUGUGUCAUCGCCAAACUGCAGCUGGACGACCCCAGCAGAGUACAGCAGGCGGAGCUGUACACGGGGGCCCUGCCCAUUAUCCAGGCGGUGGCGCUGAGAGGAGAGAAGCUGCACCGCGUCUUCCACAGCACGCUCGACCACCUGAUGCACGUCAUGAACGGCUUCUGCCUGCCCGAACCCUUCUUCGGUGUCAAGCUGAAGGAGUGGGUGGAGCGGCUGAUGAAGACGCUGAGGGACCCCUCGCUGCCCCUGCUGGAGCUGCAGGAUAUCAUGACUAGCGUGUCGGGACGCAUCCCUCCCGCCGUGGAAAAGGCAAUCAAGAAGGAGAUGGCCCAGUAUGCCAGCAACAUCACCUCUGUUCUCUGCCAGUUCCCUAGCCAGCAGAUCGCUAAUAUCCUGGACAGUCAUGCGGCCACUCUGAACAGGAAGUCAGAGCGAGAGGUCUUCUUCAUGAACACCCAGAGCAUUGUGCAACUUGUCCAGAAGUACCGCAGUGGCAUCCGUGGGCACAUGAAGGCUGUAGUGAUGGACCUGCUCAGGCAGUACCUCAAGGUAGAGGUGAUGUUUCAACACGGGCAUUAUGACAAGUGUGUGUUUCAACUCCGUGAGGAAAACAAAGGGGACAUGGCCAACGUGCUGAACUACAUUUUCUCCCAUGCCCAAGUCACCAAGAAAAACUCCCUAGUCACCAUGCUCAUCGACCAGUUGUGUGGGCGGGAUCCCACACUGACGGACGAGCUGAUGGCCAUCCUGACAGAGCUGACCCAACUCAGCAAGACCACAAAUGCCAAGGUGGCCCUGAGAGCGCGCCAGGUGCUCAUUGCCUCUCACCUGCCCUCCUACGAGCUGCGACACAACCAGGUGGAGUCCAUCUUCCUCUCGGCCAUUGACAUGUACGGCCAUCAGUUCUGCAUCGAGAACCUCCAGAAACUGAUCUUGUCAGAGACCUCCAUCUUUGAUGUGCUCCCCAACUUCUUCUACCACACCAAUCAGGUGGUCAGGAUGGCUGCCCUGGAGGUAUAUGUGCGCAGGGCAUACAUUGCCUACGAGCUCAACAGUGUUCAGCAUCGGCAACUGAAGGACAACACCUGUGUUGUGGAGUUCCAGUUUAUGCUUCCCACCUCCCACCCCAACAGAGGGAACAUCCCCACUUUAAACAGAAAGAUGUCCCUUCCGGCAAGUCAGCACACUAAACUGGCUGAGGGCCAUCCCCCUGCUUGCACUGUGGCCCCCGCCAGUAACAGCCCCACUAGCAAACCUCAAGUUAGUGGCUCCACUGAUACUGACCAAAGAAUGUCCUUCUCCUCCAACCUGAAUCACUACGGCAUGGUGCACGUGGGCAGUGUGAGUGACGUGCUGCUGGACACCUCCUUCACCCCACCGUGCCAACGCAUGGGAGCCAUGGUGUCCUUCCAGUCCUUCCAGGAGUUCACCAGGUGGGUGUGUGGGAACAUUAAGGACGUGUUGAGCUGCUUUUCAGACUCCCCACCAUCCAGCCCCACCUUCCCAGAGGGGGGGAACCCAGUGCUGUAUGGAGAGGACGACAACAAGAGUCUCCAAGACGAGCCCAUCCAUAUCCUCAACGUGGCCAUUAAGACGGAUAGUGACAUCGAUGACGACGGACUGGCCGCCAUGUUUCGCGAGUUCACUCAGUCAAAGAAAUCCCUGCUGUUUGAUAACGGCAUUCGCAGACUCACUUUCCUGGUUGCUCAAAAGGAUUUCAGGAAGCAGGUGAACUGCGAAGUCGACCAGCGGUUCCAUAGGGAGUUCCCCAAAUUUUUCACUUUCCGUGCCCGAGACAAGUUUGCGGAGGACCGCAUUUACAGGCACCUCGAGCCGGCCCUGGCCUUCCAGCUGGAGCUGAACCGUAUGCGGAACUUUGCCCUGACAGCCAUCCCCUGCGCCAACCACAAGAUGCACCUCUACCUUGGCGCUGCCCGUGUGGAGGCGGGUGCCGAGGUCACGGACUACCGCUUCUUCGUGCGCGCCAUCAUCCGCCACUCAGACCUGGUUACCAAGGAGGCCUCCUUUGAGUACCUGCACAAUGAGGCGGAGCGGCUGCUGCUGGAGGCCAUGGACGAGCUGGAGGUGGCCUUCAACAACACCACCGUCCGCACUGACUGCAACCACAUCUUCCUCAACUUUGUGCCCACCGUCAUCAUGGACCCCUCAAAGAUCGAGGAGUCUGUGCGUUCUAUGGUGAUGCGCUACGGCAGUCGGCUGUGGAAGCUGCGCGUGCUGCAGGCCGAGCUGAAGAUCAACAUCCGGCUGACGCCCACGGGCAAGCAGAUCCCGAUCCGCCUCUUCCUCACCAACGAGUCCGGAUACUACCUGGACAUCAGCCUGUACAAGGAGGUCACCGACUCCCGCACUGGGCAGAUCAUGUUCCAGGCGUAUGGGGACAAGCAGGGCCCACUGCACGGCAUGCUCAUCAACACGCCCUACGUCACCAAAGACCUGCUGCAGUCCAAGCGCUUCCAGGCCCAGAGCCUGGGCACCACCUACGUCUACGACUUCCCCGAGAUGUUCAGACAGGCUCUGAGGAAGCUGUGGCAGGGCAUGGACGCCUACGCGCGGCUGCCCAAGUGCCCCCUGCCCUCGGAGCUGCUCACCUUCACUGAGCUGGUGCUGGACCCGCAGGGCCAGCUGGUGCAGAUGAACCGCCUGCCUGGAGGAAACGAGAUUGGCAUGGUUGCGUGGCGCAUGACCCUGCGCACACCGGAGUACCCGGCUGGCCGCGAAAUCAUCGUCAUCAGCAACGACAUCACGCACAAGAUCGGCUCGUUCGGGCCGCAGGAGGACGUGCUCUUCCAGCAGGCGUCAGAGAUGGCGCGCGAGUCCGGCAUCCCACGCAUCUACAUCGCCGCCAACAGCGGCGCCCGCAUCGGCCUGGCCGAGGAGAUCCGACACAUGUUCCACGUGGCCUGGCAGGACCUGGCCGACCCCUAUAAGGGCUUUAAGUACCUGUACCUGACACCACAGGACUAUAAAAAGGUGUCCGCUCUGAACUCCGUGCACUGCGAGCAUGUGGAGGAUGAAGGCGAAUCAAGGUACAAAAUCACUGACAUCAUCGGGAAGGAGGAGGGGCUUGGAGUGGAGAACCUGCGCGGUUCUGGAAUGAUCGCCGGCGAAUCGUCUCUCGCCUAUGAGAAAGUCAUCACCAUGAACCUGGUGACGUGUCGGGCCAUUGGGAUAGGCGCUUACCUGGUGCGGCUGGGCCAGAGGACCAUCCAGGUGGAGAACUCCCACAUCAUCCUCACGGGGGCCGGAGCUCUCAACAAGGUGCUGGGUCGGGAGGUGUACACGUCCAACAACCAGCUGGGCGGUGUCCAGAUUAUGCACAACAACGGAGUGACCCACAGCACGGUGUGUGAUGACUUUGAGGGCGUCUACACGCUACUGCACUGGCUCUCGUACAUGCCCAAGUGCACCUCAAGUCCAGUGCCCAUUCUCAGUGCCAAAGACCCCAUUGACCGUCUGGUGGAGUUUGUGCCAACCAAAGCCCCCUACGACCCGCGCUGGAUGCUGGCAGGGAGGCCCAAUCAAAACUCUAAGGGAGCCUGGGUGAGUGGAUUCUUUGACCACGGCUCUUUCUUGGAAAUCAUGCAGCCGUGGGCACAGAGUGUUGUAGUGGGCAGGGCCAGACUCGGUGGAAUACCCACCGGAGUGGUUGCCGUGGAAACCAGAUCGGUGGAGCUGUCCAUCCCUGCAGAUCCGGCUAAUCUGGACUCUGAGGCCAAGAUCAUCCAGCAGGCUGGCCAGGUGUGGUUCCCGGACUCGGCCUUUAAGACGGCGCAAGCCAUAAAAGACCUGAACCGCGAGGGGCUGCCACUCAUGGUGUUUGCCAACUGGCGAGGCUUCUCUGGGGGCAUGAAAGACAUGUAUGACCAGGUGCUGAAGUUCGGCGCCUACAUAGUGGACGGCCUGAGGGAGUACCGGCAGCCGGUGCUGGUCUACAUUCCGCCGCAGGCCGAGCUGAGGGGCGGCUCCUGGGUGGUGAUCGACCCCACCAUCAACCAGCGCCACAUGGAGAUGUACGCCGACAAGGAUAGCCGUGGUGGGGUGCUGGAACCAGAGGGCACAGUGGAGAUCAAGUUCAGGAGGAAGGACCUGGUCAAGACUAUGAGGCGGGUGGACCCUGUCUACAUGGGCCUGGCCGAGAAACUUGGAACCCCCGAGCUGAACGCCGCUGACCGCAAAGAGCUGGAGGGCAAGCUGAAGGAGCGGGAGGAGUUUCUGCUGCCCAUCUACCACCAGGUGGCAGUGCAGUUCGCCGACCUCCACGACACACCUGGACGCAUGCAGGAGAAGGGCGUCAUCACGGACAUUCUAGAAUGGCGGACGUCACGGCAGUUCUUCUACUGGCGUCUGCGGCGGCUGCUGCUGGAGGACACGGUCAAGAGGAAGAUCCAGUCGGCCAAUAGUGAGCUGACAGACGGUCAGAUUCAGGCCAUGCUCCGACGCUGGUUUGUGGAGGCAGAGGGGGCCGUCAAGGCUUAUUUGUGGGACAGCAACGAGGAGGUGGUGGACUGGCUAGAGAAGCAGCUGGCAGAGGAGGAAGGCGCGCGCUCCGUCAUCGACGAGAACAUCAAGUACAUCCGCAGGGACCACAUCCUCAAACAGAUCCGCAGCCUGGUGCAAGCUAACCCAGAGGUUGCCAUGGACUCCAUCGUCCACAUGACUCAACACAUCUCCCCGACGCAGCGCGCAGAAGUGGUGCGCAUCCUCUCCACCAUGGAGGCCCCGGGGCCAUCGUCGUAGGGGAGCUCCCAGCCUCCAUUGGCCCCUCCUGCACUGAAUGGGGGAUGCUGGGAAACCGGGGCCAGAGGAGCCGACACGUCACUCUUAGGGACACUUGGGCAGUUACUGACCGCACUGUUGGCUAUGAUUCUAAGAGAGUGGCUGGAGAUGGAAUAUUGAUUCCAUGAUGAAAAUGAUGGUUCUGGGAUUCAGAACGGUGUUUGCAAAUACACACUGUAGUCUUAAAGUUGUUUGGCGCUCUCUCCAGUGCACCUUUAUGAUAGAUGGUAUACUGCAGAUUUAGUCAGAGUGAAUUUAAAAACCUGGUAGUCCAGAAUAGCGUUUGACAAUUCCUACUUAGCAAAUUGUAAUUAACAAAGGCGUCACCUUACAUCACGAGUCAAUAGCUGAGACUCAGCCACAAUUUCACCUUCCCGCCCUCUAAGAACAAAAGAUGCAUCGGGUGGGUGGGGGUGGGGAAGAGCGGGAAAGUGCUAUCAAGGGAACGUUUUUUUUAUUUUUAUUUAUUUUUUUUCAUUUAUUUUUAUUUGUUCUUCACACGAGAGUGUGUGUGAAGUCAUUGAACACGACCGCAGCGGCUGGAAGAUGAAUAAAAAGGGGGAAAACGUGCGGUUGCAGGAGAGCUGGGGGAUAGAGAUUAGCACACCUUGGGAAAGAGCACUUCAUUAAUGAUCAAACAGUGAGAGCGUGUACAGGCAUGGUGAUCAGCCCCAUCCGACACACACACACACACACACACAGAGGCAAGUCCAGAGGGGCCCCCUAUUCAAGCCACACUGUUUAACACUGACCCUUCUUUUUUUUUUUUUUCUCUCUCUCUCUCUCUCUCAUAUAUGCACACAAAAUCCCACCAGUGAUGGAAGCAUAUGCACAUUACCUUGCAAUGCAUUCUGACAAUAUGCAUUGAAACAUUUAGUCACUGGUUUUGUUGCCAUACUUGAAUCUCUAUCCUCCCAGCGUUUGGUGACUAAAAAGGAGUUCUGUUGCUUAUUUCAACCAAAACAAAUGUUACCAUGUGUAGUCAUUUACCCUUACAAAAAUGUUUUUUUUUUUUUUUUUUUUUAAACCACACACAUUAAGCACUGUAAAACUAAUUUAUUUAACAGCAGCAAUGGUAAGUGUAGAUAAUGUACACUGUAAUUACAUGUGCAACACAAAAGGUGGGAUGUCCUGCUUUUGUCAUUAUAACUGCUAUUUGCACUCAUCUCAUUGUACUGAAUACAAAAGAAAAUCAUAUAACCAAUAAUGAAAUGUUACUGCUUUAGAGGAGAGGAACGCUUAACUAAUGAGGUCCAGAAGAGAGUCCUGGUGCUGAUUGGAGGUAGACAAGUUUGAUGAUCCUCGGCAAUUCAGUUGAUUGACCUCGUAGUGCCGGCAGGGCUGCAGCCAAUGUCGUGUAGUGUCAGGGUGGCGUGAUGGUAGCCACUCCUGCCAGAUAGCCUCAUCGCAUUGAAGUUGGCCAUGCCCGACCUCGCGUCUACUUGAUCCUAGGACAGGUCAGCUGUUAUCCCUCACGUCCACUAGGGCCUGGAUGAGUUCUCUAUAGUAAACUGCUGUAAAAGCCUGUCUGUCAGAUGCACAACGUGAUCAUGUUACUGAAGAGAUGCAGUGGUCGUCUGCAGUAUGUGUCAAAUGGUACGUGUACAUGUUUACUGUGGCGAUCUCUGUGGUUGCCUCUGUAACUUUUAAUAAAAUCAUACAUAUA